AUGUCGCAUCAAGAAAACCCCACUACUGUUGAGAAACAGAUUGAAGAGACCCAAGGCAUCGAUGCUCCACAACUCAACGAUGGCACACCUACACCCACACCCACAGCAACCACAAAUUACAGCUCUGUAGAUAAUGAGAUUUGGGCUAGUAUCACUCCUCAACAAGAUGCUUCCUUACGCGCUCUCCAUCAAUCAAUGCAAUCUAAUAGUAAUACUACGGACAAUACCAACAACAAUGCUUUGCCUGCUUCAAACACAACGACAGCAGCCGCAGCAGCUGCAUCUAGUAAGAAACCAGAAGACAGUGAUGAUAAGCCUGCUGUAGGCUCUGAGGAGUGGCACAGACUUCGCCGUGAAAAUCACAAGCAAGUGGAGCGCAGAAGACGUGAGACGAUCAACGAUGGCAUUACCGAACUCUCUCGCAUUGUGCCAGGAUGUGAAAAGAACAAAGGAUCCAUUCUUCAGAGAGCAGCAAUCUACAUCCGUCAGCUGAAAGAGGCAGAGGCAGCAACGGUCGAGAAAUGGACGCUUGAGAAGCUAUUGACAGAUCAAGCGAUCAGCGAAUUAAACAGACAAGUGGAGGCAUUAAAGAACGAGAAUGAUCGAAUCUUGUUACAAAACGAAUAUCUGAAAAGAGAGCUCGAGAACGCCACCGGAAACCAGCAUCUACACCAGCCAUCUAAUAACGAAUCUACAGUGGCAAGUAAAAAGCAGAAACUAAACCACCAAGACUAA